AUGUCAUCAUCAUUGGGAAGAUUGAGAUUAUUCAUUCUUACUCUUUUAGCUGCAGUAACUGCAUUUACAAUAAUAGGUAGUUCAUUUUAUCAAAUUGAUUAUUGUACAGUUGAAAGAGUAAAAUCAAAUCAUUCAGUAUUAUUAUAUACAUUGGUCAUUAUCAUUGUAUCAGGAUUAUUAAUAAGCUUUUGGAGACCUGUCUUUCCAUCUGGUAGGAAUGUUAAACGUCCAAUUGAAUAUAAAAGAUCAUUAUUUUAUAUAAUAUAUACAUAUCUUUGGUAUGGAGCAACCUAUUGUAUAUGUUAUGCCGGAAAGUAUAUAUUAAAUGAUACAAUGUGUCACAAAGAUCCAAAUAGUAUUUCUGGUCAUUUCCUAUACCACAUAUUCUUUGCAUUGGCUAUUCCCUAUUGGUUUAUUAGUGUUGGUAGAUUAUAUUACAAAGAUAAUCAAUUAUUAUCAUCAUCAUCACCAAAUACAAAACCAUCUUCAGUUGUAUUAAGACAUGAAUUUAAAUUCUUGAAAAAUUUAAUAUUAUCAGGAUGGAUGCCAAUUUUAAUGAUAUCAUUAUAUAUUAUUUAUUUGGUAUUAUCAUAUAUGAAUUUAGAAAAGACAUAUGUAUUGGGAUACCAUUCACCACGUCAAAUAUUAUAUGGUGUCAUUUUAUGUCUAUUAUCAUUCUACUCGUUAUUAGGUUUAACAGCAACUGUAAACAAGAGAAGUGAUAAGGGAUUAAAUUAUUUGAUGUUGGUAUUAUCGGUACUUUGGAUUAUUGGACCAUCAUUGAUCUAUUUUGUAGUAAAGAGAAGAUUCCCAUUUGGAAAGUUGGAAUUAACAUUGGCAGCAAUCGGGUAUGGCUAUUUGUUGUUUGUAAGCUCAAAAGGUUUGGAUCAUAUCAUUACCAAAACAAUCAAACCAAUUCAACAAAUCAUUCAACCAAAGAAAGCUCCUCAUUACAAUCCAAUUUCUUCUUCAAAAAAGAAAAAGAAAAUUGAUUAA